CAUACAAGCGCAAAACCCUAGCGAAACCCACAGUGGCAAAGUUGAGAAGCCCUCAGGAAGCUGCCUGAGAACUAAACCGUUUACUGCUCUUUUUCCUUCACAUCAACAACAGCUUCUGCUCUGACCAUCAAAGCAGCUGAAGUGAGUGAAAUCUGGGUUUCUCCGCUUCUUAGGAACAAAUAUGAUAAUCCACCAGCAAACAACUGGGAAGAAAACUGACAACCAUUAUUUCCUAUAUCAACUUUACUGGAAAAUAUGUUGAUAACAUUUACAAAUUAUGUUGUUUAUCAUCCUGUAUUUGCCCAACAGCUGAUGAUCUCUGGGUAAGAGAUUUGUGAGCAUGUACAGAUGAAGUAUUUUACAGAAGUAAUUUGGAUCGGAAACUUUUGCUUAAGAAGAUUACUUGUAAAUGAGAAAGGAAACUUGACUCAUUAACAUGUCAAAGAGUUGAAGACUCACUGAUGUACAUGGGAGAGCUGUAGUUUUUGACUUCUUGUGUGAAACUCCCAAGAUUCAUUAUAGAAAUCUGGAUGGAUUCCUACUGAAUGAUGCCCACAUGAGCAAGCUUCCAGGAACUGUACCUCCAGACUCCAUUCUAGAAAUAGCAGUCUUUGAGGAAAUGCUGGAUUCAGUCAAAUGUGUUUUAGUUGGAGAUGCCGCUGUUGGGAAGACAGCGCUGCUGCUGCGUUUUACAUCUGAGACGUUUCCAGACACCUAUAGGCCAACUGUGUAUGACAACACAGGGGUUGAUGUUUUCCUGGAUGGCGUCCAGAUUAGUUUAGGCCUUUGGGACACAGCUGGGAGUGACUCCUUCAAAGGGAUUCGUCCUCUUUCUUAUCAGCAGGCUGACGUGGUAUUAAUGUGUUACUCAGUGGCCAAUCGCAGCUCAUUCCUCAGCUUGAGGAACAAAUGGGUUACAGAGAUCAGGACCCAUUUGCCCAGAAUCCCAAUUUUAGUGGUAGCUACCCAGACGGACCAGAGGGAAAUGGGACCCCAUAGUGCUACCUGUAUCAGCCCAGUGCAUGGGAAACGACUGGCAAAGGACAUCCGAGCAAAGGGUUAUGUGGAGUGCUCCUCCCUCACCAAUAGAGGGGUACAGCAGGUGUUUGAGUGUGCUGUCCGGACUGCAGUGAAUCAAGCAAGAAAACGAGCCCGGAGGAGUCUUUUUUCUAUUAAUGAGUGUAAGGUUUUUUAACUUCCAUUCAAUGUCCUAAUUUGUCAAAACAAAUCUAUUUCUUUCUUAUGGCAGAAAGUUUAUGACAAACAAUUAAAAACAUGAACACACUAUGUUAGCAUUGAUGGUGGGACACUCAAAUCACCUCAGGAACUUUUUGUCUGAAAGGCAUAGCAUACGGUCUUCCCCUCUAAAAUGACAAGCUGACUCUCUAAAUGGAAGGAAAGCCAACUUGCGGGCAGCAAUAUGAUCAUUGUUAUUGAGAACUUUUAAAGCAUAGCCACUUAAUACUGAAAGUAUGAUCGAUUUCAGUAAAAAAUCAGAGCUGGCAUUCUAUAUCUGAUGUUAGAUGAUCUUGUAAAGGUUGUGUUUUGUUUUAUUUGUCCCAGUGUUACCAGUAUGCUUUCUUUCAAAGUAUGGUGAAAACUAGUUUAAGGAGGGUGCUAGAAAUUCUCAUAUUGACAAAUAAACCCUCACAGAUCAGUUCCCAGAAUUCCCUGGGGAGAUGAAUUAAAUCAAUAUAAAGCUGUACUUUAGCUACACCUACAUUUUUCAUAAAGUUUAACCUAUAAUUUAUAUUUUCUUCAUCCCUGGAUUCAGUAUCAACCUGAUAGUCUCUCUUCCAGAAUAAAAGCACUAGUGUGAAACAUUAUCUGUGUACAGGUUGGAAACUUCACUGGCUCUGGCGCAGCCACUAAGCUAAGGGGAGAGGUUCCCAUUUCAUGUUUUUAAUAGCAAGGGAGCAAAAAGAAUUCCCCUAGGCAUAAAUAUACCAUCUUGGAAACAUCAUGAGAGCCUAAUGUUUCAUCCACCUAGGAGUGAAAACAGAUUUCUUCAUCAAAAUGCAAGCAAUACUUUUGUAUGUUAUGGGACAAGAUAUAAACACAGGGAAAUAGUAAAACUGCAACUUUUUAUUCUGAGAGGGCCUCUAUGUGUGACGUAGGUUAAUGAAUGGACAGAAAUGAAUAGAGCAAAGCAUUCUUCACCACAAAAACUCCAUGCCUAAUCAAGCUACAUCUUCUGCCUGCAAGCUGUUGUUAAAGGCUUGGGAGCAUUGCCAGAAAAAAGCUGGCAACCUUAGCAAAUAUGAUUCUGUGGGAGAAAAUUGGAUUUAAAGCCAAGGUCAAAAGAAAGUUGCAUAUGUAUGUAAGACGUGGAUAUGUGAAAUGAAACAUAUAUUUUAAUGCUGUUAAAACUCCCUAAAAAGCCAGACUUUCUUUACUGAAAACUCUUGGUGUAGGUACUAAUGAGAUAAUUAGUAGCUUCUUUGUAGGGUAAUCAGAUAAAUUCAUCUAUUACAUUAUUAGCUAGAAUCUUCACCAGGUCAGAUCUUCCCAUUUAUCUGAUUAUGAUAAGGUAGCCUCUAGUAAGGUAGUAUUUUUUGAAUUUAUGACCACACUAAUCUUUUCCAUAAUCUGCAUAUACUGUCUCCCCUGUUCUCACCCUAGACCAGAACUGCCUUGCUGGGUCAGACCAGAGUCCAUCUAGUUAGUCCAGCAUCCUUUUUCCAACAGCAGUCAGGAUCAUUUCUCUGGAAACUCACAAGCAAGGCAUGAAGGGAACAACCGUUCUCCAUUUAUCUCUUGCCUGUUAUUGGUAGGUACAGUAACUUCCUUAUUGUAAUUCCCUCUGAGGAAGCAUGCCAAGGAUUGCACUCCUUGAAUGUGCCUAGAAACUUAAAGCUAUUCAAACAAAUGGCCAUUGUUGCAUCUUGUGAUGACUUGCACAGGCUGCUUUUGCAUUGUGCAAAGAAGUAUUCCUAGAAAUUACUUCAAAAUUUAACCCGGAGGCCUGGAAUUCCUUGUCCAAUCUUGCUAGUCUGCAUACACUGUUGGUAUUGUACAUGUGGAGCUCCUAUGUGGAAUUACCUCCCUCCUGUUCCUGUAUAUUUAUUGACACAAUCUGCAGACAUUAGGAGCGGUAAUACUUAUUUUCAUACCAUAAAUGGUUUGCUUUCCUGAUAUUUGCCAGUCUAGUUUUUAGUAAAGGCUGUAGGGCAAACCAAGACAUUCUGCCUGAUUCAGACAACUCUAGUUCUACCUUCAUUUGCACAGAACUAUAUUAUCAAAGUGCACACACAUUCCUGAUGCUGGCUUUUUGCCUAUCUGCCAUAGUGCAACAAAUGAUGGACUGUGAAUGCAGGAAGUUGCUAUCUAGACAUGUAACCAGUAGAUCAGGAAAACCCAUUCAGUGCUUUAUCACAAAUGUUUUUGUGGUCUUGGUUCAGCUACCAGUGAUUACACUGGCAAGAUUAUUCUAGCUUUUUGCUGGUUGCAACAGCAAAGGGGCAGAAAUUUGAGUGGGCAGAAUGGAAACUGCUUCCCAGUUUAAGGUGUUCGUCAACUCUACACUUAAAUUAGACAUCAGUGAAAGAGAUUAAUGCAGACUGAAGUGUCAUUUCCUGUACAAACUAGAAACUUUAAAGCCAUGUAGAGUUGUGCUGAUUUCUGUGAGGCUUGUUCAGAGUACAUUGUUUAUCUCAACCUUCUGUUUCUAUUAUUAACAAUCGCUUUUCAAUGAGCACUAAACUGAUAUACUCCACUUUAACAUGCACAUUUCUGAACCGUUUUUCUUGAAAUGUUAAAAUAAAAUUAUU